UUGGGAGGAAUUGUGUUGGUGUACCGACUUGUUUCAUCAGUGUUUAGGCAUUCUUCUAAAACCCCCACCCCUCCUUCAUUUCAUCUAUCAGUCACUCCAGUCAUAAUGCUCUUCAUUGUCUUGUCACUGGGCUGAAUUGGGGUCUCAUGCUCUCCCCUUUUGAAUUGGACAUGAUUCUGAUUUUGGAUUAAUGGAGGAAGUGAGGGUUCUCCCCUUUGCUGACUCUUUCUCUAUCCUGUUGUUAAUGACCCAGAUGGCUGAACAGUUACUGAUUCGGAGCUGGGCAGAUAAAUGGAGAUGUGUGGUGGUUGUGCCAAUGUGUCGGGAUAUUUUAAGCUUCAAAAUUUGAACACUUUGGACUUUGUGUUUAUCAAAAAUCUUAGUUUCAAAUGGCUCCGAUUUUCCACCACUGACACUUGGCAUGGAGCCAGUAUAUUUCACCACCCUCAUUGCUAAACAGACAACUGGCAUAGAAUGUAUGGGAUUGGCUCAUGCCCCAUUCUCUUGGACCCUUGACCAAGAGUCACACAAGACUGACUAGGUGUCCAAGAAUGAAGAAGCUCCCAGAGCACUCGGAUCUCACCACAGUGACUUCAGCUCUAACAUAUUGCUGACAGAUGGUGUGAACGGCAGGAGCUCUGCAUAUGCGCACUAGCCUUAUCAGUCUCUUUCAUCGGCCGCCUACUUGUGUUGCCCACCUGGGGGACGGUCCAAAGUUUGCAGUGGUGACUUUAUCAGCAGUAGCGGGAGAGAGUGCAUGAGAAACGCAGAUCACCUCUCUGCCAGCAUGUCUGAGAGUGAAUCAAAGAUAGAGCUUUAUGAAAUAACGCCGGUGGGCACCAGUGAGCCGGAGAAAAGAGAUGUCUCAGCUGCACCUCUGGUCUUUGAGCGCUACGUACAGCCCUGUGCAGCCGAGCUGCUGGGUUCUGCCCUCUUCAUUUUUAUUGGCUGUGUGUCGGUGAUAGAAAAUGUAGAGAGCACGGGAAGGCUGCAGCCUGCCCUGGCACAUGGGCUGGCAUUGGCCAUCGUGAUAGCAGUGCUUGGGGAAAUCAGUGGUGGACACUUCAACCCAGCCGUGACCAUUUCUGUCUACCUGAAUGCAGGGCUGAGGCUGCGUCUGCUCUUCCCAUAUGUGGCAGCUCAGCUUUGCGGGGGCCUAAUUGGAGCAGCUCUAGCUAAGGCGAUCUGUUCAGAGGAAGCAUAUGCAAGCAGUGCAGGGGCCGCUUUCAACACCGUGCAGACUGAUGCACAGGCCUGGAAAGCUGUUGUGGCUGAAAUGUUGAUGACCCUCUUCUUGACCCUAGUGGUGUGCAUGGGGGCAGUGAAUGAGAGGAGCCGAACCCAUCUCGCCCCACUCUGCAUUGGCCUCACGGUGGCAGCGGACAUCCUGGCAGGAGGAGCUGUGUCUGGAGCCUGCAUGAACCCUGCACGGGCACUAGGACCAGCUGUGAUUGCAGGUUACUGGUCUUAUCACUGGAUCUACUGGCUGGGACCCAUAACAGGGGCCUUAAUCUGUGCUUUAUUCCUCAGGUUUAUAUUGGGAGACAGGAAAAUAAGAUUGUUUCUGAAAUAGCUCCUGACCUCAGAAGCACUGAGUUCUAAUGGACUUCUUGGUGUCGCCACUCUUCUGCUCUGUGGUGCCUGCUUUCUGUUUCAUGCUCCCUCUGCUCAAACGCUGGUGGACGGCUUCAUACCAGGAACUAACAGGCAAAACAGAGCGCUGAUAAAUCAGCACCCUGACUGGACCAGCUCCGCCCACUUCAGCCCGUCUAGCCAAUGGCGACUGAAUACUGUCUUGCCUGUGCUUUUGAAGUUCUCAUGGUUAGUGUGGGAGCUGACUGACUAAAUGCACUUGUGACAGCUGCUGGUCGAUGCACUGGUCUCUUCUUUAACUUGUCUGAUCCUGAAAUCGUUGCUCACUGGCCAGCCAGAGCUGACACCAGUAUGUUGGGUUUGUCAAUAAAACUUUGAGAUGAUUAACCUGUCCAA